CAAAUGAAAUUUGGUCAGGUGGGGUUUUUGUUGGGUUUUUUUUGUUUCUUUGCCACAUUCUGGGCCAGGAAUAGUAAAGAAUAGUUUCCUAUUUGCAGUGAUGGUGAACCUUUUAGAACUUGCAGUGAUACAAACAGCCUGUUGCGGCACAAAUGCCAUAGAUUCUCCACCGCUGAUCCAUAGUCUUGUAGAAUGUAGAUAAGAGACUUCUCCAAAAAGAAAUUUUAGUAAAAUCCUGUUAGCUCCUUGAAGUAAGGGAAGCUAUUCUGGGAGUUAAGAGAUCGUUGUUUGACCUUAUUUUGUAUGCCAUUUGUAUCCUGGCAUUGACCUGGCUUUGAGGGUACAAUACUGAGUAGGAUAUACUGUCGAAGUUGGGGUCAGAGAGGAGAGGCCUUUAACUCAGCUCCCUGUUCAGGUAAGACUUUCCAGAAAAGAUCAGGAACGCAACUGGCAGAAAAGUGUGAAAAGGCAUUUAUAGCAGAAGACUUUUUGCUUUUAAGUUGGGGUCCGUAUAGAAAAUUUUACAUAAUCACAUUUUGCCCAAACUCUGAUAUUUAAGGAGGAGGAAAAAGCAGAACCACCAGAGGUGUGAUUCAAAGACAAAUGGAAAAGCAUAUGGGGUAGAGAUACAGAUUUAGAGAAUUUUACCACUGUUAACUGCCAGUUACCAUUUUGAUCCUGUCUUCAGCCAACUAAUACAUUCCUUGGUUUAAGAAGUUAUCCCUGGAUAGAGAUCCCUUAAGGAAAGAGUCAACCAGAUUUUUAAAAAAAUAAUAAAUGUUGCUCAAUUGAGAACUGGACAAAGGGAGAACUUUGCUGUAAAUCCUAGUAUUUACUUUUCUCUAACUUAUCAUCAUCAUUGAUAAACACCUUGAAACUCAUAAUACCAGAAAAGUCUGCUUGAAAGCAAACAUUUGAAAGAAUGAGCAAAUUAUAGUGGCAUACAUAAUUUAAAAGACACCGGAGAACAAAAUAGUUAAAGGAAUAUGUCAUGUGAUAAUAACAUCUCUGUUACAGUUUUAUUGUAAGAAAUAUUGUAUUCUGUGCAUGUUCCAUUGGCUAGAAAUAGUCUGGGGAUAUACUGAGCUGGUCUGCCAUUUCCAAAUUAAUCUAUACUUUGGAAGGAAAGAAAUGGAUUUUAGUAGGCAACUAUCCAUAAUAUGGUUUCUUUUGGCUGCACAAUGGAAUAUUUUACGAAGUCUAAAAAAUAAUGAGGAUAAUGCCCACGAUCCUCAGAUAUUCUGAUUUAAUUGGCUAGGGUGCCACUUGGGCAUCGGGAUUUUUUUUGUUUUUUUGGUACCAGGGAUUGAACUCGGGUCCUUGCGCUUGCAGGGCAGGUAGCGGAAGGGCAUCAGGAUUUUUAGAAGUUUUCUUCUAAAGGCUUGCUAAGUUUAAGAAGCACUGAUCUUAAGAAUUAAGCACAUUAGAGUUUGGUUAUUGUGAAGUGUAAUCUAGAGUAUUUUCAGAAUGAUAGUCACUGCUACUUAAUGGAUAUGUACUUCUGGUACUAGCCUAUCAUACUUCAGUUAUUUCUGACCACUCUGCUGCUGUCUUCCUCAUUUUAGAAAUGAAAAAAACUGCCACAGAAAAAUUAGAUACUAUAACUAUUUCACUAUCAUUGUUAAUAAAUGCAAAAGCUGAAAUGACAAUGCAAGACUUAAAAGCCCACACUCUCUACUAUAAACCUCAUUGCUUUGCAGGUGUGAAACUGCAGCCAGUUGUUUUUGAGCUUUCAGUAUUGUGGCUGGUGUGAUUCUGUAACUGGCCCAGAUCCCUUCACACACAUGUACAACCUCCAGCCCACAUCUGUGCGCUUUGCCAUGUGUAGUUUACCCUGGAAAGGAGUGUAGUGUAUUUCCUUACCUCCUGAUUUGGGGUCCAUCGAUGAGACUUGUUGGCAGACCCUAUUUCCUGGUGUAACUUGAGUGAUUUUGAUACAACAAGCACUUUGAAUAGUACUUAUGUGAUUAGAUUUGCAAUUUUAUACCACAGCCAUUGCCAUAAGCACGUUCUGGGAUGUUUCUUUGGUUCCAGGAAGAUAAGAGUUACAGUAAGCAGGAACAACCUGCUCCUUUAGAACCAGCCUGUCUUAGCUGCCCUUUGGUAACCUGCAGAUUUGUGAGAAGAAAAAUAACAUGUUUGCUUUCUCAAAGCAUCGAGCUUUGUGGUUGUGUGUUAUACAGCAUGUUUGUGGCACUAAUUAACUGAUAAGCUGAUAUAACCUAACUUCUUAAAAGUUCCAGCAGAACUUAAUUCCAAUUCUAGUAUUUGAAUGUGUGCUCUGAGGAUAACUGAACAAAUAUUAACACUUAGAAAAGUUAGGGCUUUCAAUGUGUUACUUCUCUGAGAUAAAAUUAGAGAGGAUAAAGUGCAUACAAAGUAGUUAACCAUUGCAGAGACUGAUUAUAAUCCUUCACCUGCAUAUUUAUAAAAUGAGUACUGGCUAGGGGACUAAAACACUCAUGACUGACUGAGACCAUCAUAAACUUUUGCAGUUAUGAGCUUCUGGCUUCCUUUGGACUUGCUUUGACCCAUAGUAGACAAAACUACUUCCUUGGGUUGCUGUGGACACUGUAUUCCUUUGAAGAACGGGGCCACCAGCCACCAUGUUCCUAAGUAAAAGACAUGCUCUGUCAGCAAGGAAGGUGUAGAUCCUAGGAAGAAUUCACAUCUGUCAUACAAGAAAACGUGAAAAUGAGCAGCCGACGGAAACGGGCCCCUCCAGUGAAGGUAGAUGAGGAAAAGCAGCAGCAGCUCCGUUGGAACAUGCACGAGGACCGGAGGAACGAGCCUCUUGCCUUGACUGAUGAUGAGCAGCCCUGCACAGGUGCUGACUGCUCUCCUCAGUGCGUCCAGGAGGACGAUAGUCUGCAGGACGAAGUGGCUCACAGAGAUAAGAAGAGGUGCUCUGAGGCUGUGAGCUUCUCAACAGCAACCAAGAAAGAAGAGACUGUUGGUGAUUUUCUCUCUUUGUCUGUAAAGUUGAACAUUGUGAUUUUUCCCUGUCACUCUGAUAGUUCUUGGAAAGCAUUUCUGGGAGAACUAAUUCUUCAGCUUCUUCCUGAGCAGAGUUUAGAUGAUAAUUUUUCUGAGAAGAGUUUUACCUUGAUGAGUUCAGAGUCAAGCAAUCAGUUCCUGAUAUAUGUUCAUUCUGAAUGUGAGGAUGUGGAGAAACAAGAAAAGGGACUGAAAGAAUCAGUCAACAUUUGUGACAAGGGCAUUCGAGUGGAAUCAUCUUUCAGUGGUGAAAUGCUAGAAGACUUGGGGUGGCUGCAAAAGAAGAAAAGAAUAAAACUUUACCAAAGACCAGAAGGAAGGCACGUUAUCAAGGUUGGAAUUUAUGUUCUGGAAGAUGGCCUAGCAAAACUGGACUCUUUCAGUGAUGCAAGUUCAAGAAUGAAAAAGUUCAAUCAACUCAUGAAGAAGGUGAUGGAAAAGUUAUAUAAUUUUAUUAUUCCAGGUGGAUCAGGCUGUAAAUCCACUGCUGUUGGCCAUACAGAUGUAUUGGGAGAUGAUGAGGAAGACUCAGAUAGUGAGCCGGAGGGACAGGACAUUGAUGAGCUCUAUCACUUUGUGAAGCAAACACAUCAGCAGGAAACACAGUCUGUCCCCGUGGAUGUGCAGCAUCCUGCGCUGAUGCCCGUGCUGAGACCCUACCAGAGAGAGGCUGUCAACUGGAUGCUACAGCAAGAGCAUUUCAGAAGCGCUCCUACUGAUGAAAGUUCCCUGCACUUCUUGUGGCGAGAGAUUAUUACACCUGAGGGUUUGAAACUGUACUAUAAUCCAUAUACAGGCUGCAUCACCCGUGAGCACCCACAUUCUGGACCACAGUUGCUUGGUGGAAUCCUAGCAGAUGAGAUGGGUCUUGGAAAGACAGUGGAGGUUUUGGCGCUCAUUCUGACACAUACUCGACAAGAUGUCAAACAAGACACUCUCACUCUUCCUGAGGGGAAAGAGGUGAGCUAUUUCAUCCCGUCCCAUUGUUUCAGAGGGUCAGUUAAGGACACGGAAAGUCAGAAUAUGGGAUUAGAACCAAAAGAAAAAGUUCAGUGCCCCCCUACACGUGUGAUGAUCCUGACAGCUGUAAAAGAAAUGAAUGGGAAAAAAGGAGUUUCUAUCCUUUCCAUCUAUAAGUAUGUCAGUUCUAUAUAUAGAUACGACGUUCAACGAAACAGGAGUCUUCUGAAACGGAUGCUGAAAUGUUUAAUUUUUGAAGGUCUUGUGAAACAGAUCAAAGGUCAUGGUUUCUCAGGGACCUUUACAUUGGGGAAGAAUUACAAGGAGGAGGAUAUAUGCGAUAAAACAAAAAAGCAGGCAGUAGGAAGUCCAAGGAAAUUUCAGAAAGAACCCAGAAAAUCAGGGAAUAAGGACACAGAUUCUGAAUACUUGCCAUCAAAUACCUCCGACGAUGAUGAUGACCCUUACUAUUAUUAUUAUAAGGCCAGGAAAAAUCGUAGUAAACUGAAGAAAAAGCCUGUGCCAUCCACAGAAAAAGGGAAAAGUCAGCCUGACACCGUUGCUGACAUACAAGGUCACUGUCCAGCCGCAAGUGAGUCUGGAAUUACUGAUGUUGCCAUGUCUGAAAGUACAUGUGUCUAUGAAGUCAAGCAAGAGCAAGAAGCUAAGGACCAUUGUGAAUCUCUAAACCCUGCCAGGAAUGAGGGGCCACAUUCUAACGUCCUGAGUCCCUAUGAUAAUGCUGAUUAUCGCUUUGAGUGCAUAUGUGGUGAAUUUGACCAGAUAGACCGUAAGCCCCGCGUUCAAUGCCUGAACUGCCACCUGUGGCAGCAUGCAAAGUGUGUGAACUAUAAAGAGGAAAACCUGAAAAUUAAGCCUUUUUACUGCCCCCACUGCCUUGUGGCAAUGGAGCCAGUGUCAACAAGAGCAACUCUGAUCAUCUCGCCAAGCUCCAUCUGCCACCAGUGGGUGGACGAGAUCAACCGGCAUGUGAAGUCCUCAUCUCUUCGAGUCUUGGUAUAUCAAGGAGUAAAGAAAGAUGGCUUUUUACAACCUCACUUCUUAGCAGAACAAGAUAUAGUUAUCAUCACCUAUGAUGUCCUUCGUUCAGAACUGAACUACGUGGAUAUCCCACAUAGCAAUAGUGAGGAUGGGCGUCGCCUACGGAACCAGAAGCGAUACAUGGCCAUUCCCAGCCCCCUGGUGGCUGUGGAGUGGUGGAGGAUCUGCCUCGAUGAAGCCCAGAUGGUUGAAUGUCCUGCAGUGAAAGCUGCAGAAAUGGCCCUGCGUUUGAGUGGGAUUAAUCGGUGGUGCAUCAGCGGCACUCCAGUACAGAGAGGCCUGGAGGAUCUUUUCGGGUUAGUGGUCUUUCUUGGUAUCGAACCUUACUGUGUCAAACACUGGUGGUUUCGGCUCCUCUAUCGCCCUUACUGCAAGAAGAAUCCUCAGCAUCUCUACAGCUUUAUUGCCAAGAUUCUGUGGAGGUCUGCAAAGAAAGACGUGAUCGACCAAAUCCAGAUACCACCUCAGACCGAAGAAACACACUGGCUGCACUUUUCUCCGGUGGAAAGACACUUCUAUCACCGGCAGCAUGAGGUCUGCUGCCAGGAUGCCGUGGUCAAACUCAGGAAGAUUUCUGACUGGGCUCUGAAGCUCGGCAGCCUGGACCGAAGGACUGUCACCUCCAUCCUGUACCCAUUGCUGAGGCUCAGGCAGGCCUGCUGCCACCCACAGGCUGUGCGCGGGGAGUUCUUGCCCCUUCAAAAAAGCACCAUGACAAUGGAGGAGCUGCUGACAUCGCUGCAGAAGAAAUGUGGGACUGAAUGUGAAGAAGCGCAUCGGCAGCUCGUCUGUGCCCUCAAUGGCUUAGCAGGCAUCCACAUCAUUAAAGGCGAGUAUGCUUUGGCAGCGGAACUGUACAGGGAAGUGUUACGUUCAUCUGAGGAACACAAAGGAAAACUCAAAACUGAUUCACUUCAAAGACUUCAUGCUACCCAUAACUUGAUGGAAUUAUUGGUAGCCAAGCACCCAGGGAUACCUCCUACCCUGCGAGAUAGUAGACUUGAAGAAGAGGCCAAACAGCUGCAAGAGCACUACAUGAGCAAGUGUAAUACAGAAGUAGCUGAAGCCCACCAAGCUUUACACCCUGUGCAACAGACUGUACGCGAGCUCCAAAGAAAAAUUCAUUCUAAUUCGCCUUGGUGGCUGAACGUAAUCCAUAGAGCAAUAGAAUUUUCUAAGGAUGAGGAACUUGUUCAGCGAGUACGAAAUGAAAUAACCAGCAACUACAAGCAACAAACCGACAAGCUUUCUAUGUCAGAGAAGUUCCACGACUGCAGAGGUCUUCAGUUCUUACUUACAACACAAAUGGAUGAACUAAGUAAAUUCCAGAAGCUGGUAAGAGAAGCUGUCAAAAACCUAGAGAAACCUCCAUCCCGUAAUGUUAUUGAAUCUGCAACAAUCUGUCACCUCCGACCAGCCAGACUUCCUCUCAACUGUUGUGUCUUCUGUAAAGCUGAUGAAUUGUUCACAGAGUAUGAGUCAAAACUGUUUUCUAACACAGUCAAAGGCCAGACUGCAAUAUUUGAGGAGAUGAUAGAAGAUGAGGAAGGUCUGGUGGAUGAUCGAGUACCUACCACCACCCGGGGCCUGUGGGCAAUAAGUGAAACAGAGCGAUCCAUGAAAGCAAUACUGUCAUUUGCAAGAUCACAUAGAUUGGAUGCGGAAUUCAUAGAUGAAGGAAGUGCCUCAAUGGAACUCUUUGAAGCAUGGAAGAAGGAAUAUAAGUUGCUUCAUGAGUAUUGGAUGACCCUGAGGAAUCGUGUAUCUGCUGUCGAUGAACUCGCAAUGGCUACAGAACGACUAAGAGUGCGGCAUCCUAAGGAGCCAAAGCCAAACCCACCUGUUCAUCAUAUCAUUGAGCCACAUGAGGUAGAACAAAAUCGUAUAAAACUACUAAAUGAUAAAGCCGUUGCCACAUCACAGCUUCAGAAGAAACUUGGACAGCUUCUUUACCUAACUAAUUUGGAAAAGUCUCAAGACAAAACAUCAGGAGGUAUUAAUCCAGAACCUUGUCCGAUCUGUGCUCGACAGCUGGGAAAACAGUGGGCAGUGCUAACCUGUGGGCACUGUUUCUGCAAUGAGUGCAUCGCUAUCAUUAUUGAGCAGUACAGUGUGGGGUCUCACAGAAGCUCCAUUAAAUGUGCCAUCUGCCGCCAGACCACAUCUCACAAAGAAAUCUCCUAUGUCUUCACCUCAGAGCGAGCAAGCCAAGAGGAGGACAUCCCGGUGCAGGGUAGCCAUUCCACAAAAGUAGAAGCGGUGGUCCGAACCCUCAUGAGAAUACAGCGCACAGACCCAGGAGCUAAAGCCCUUGUUUUCUCUACGUGGCAAGAUGUAUUAGAUAUUAUUUCAAAAGCUCUUACCGACAACAACAUGGAAUUUGCACAAAUCAGUCGUGUUAAGACAUUUCAGGAGAACCUAUCAGCGUUUAAACAUGAUCCCCAAAUCAAUAUUUUGCUGCUGCCCCUGCACACAGGUUCUAAUGGAUUAACUAUCAUUGAAGCAACUCAUGUUCUCUUGGUGGAGCCCAUAUUGAACCCUGCCCAUGAGCUGCAGGCCAUAGGGAGGGUGCACCGAAUUGGACAGACAAAACCUACAAUUGUACACAGAUUCUUAAUUAAAGCAACAAUAGAAGAAAGAAUGCAGGCCAUGCUGAAAACUGCGGAGAGGAGUCAUAUGAACUCAUCAGGGAAGCAUUCCGAGGCCUCCGUUCUGACUGUGGCUGAUCUGGCAGACCUGUUCACCAAAGAACCUGAAGAGCUCGAGUGAACGACACUUACUUCAUUCCAUACUUGACUAAUGUAUUAACAAGCUUUCAUAGCUGUAGAAAAAUGUUACAAGUUUAAAAAAAAAAAAACCUCCAGUAGAUGUCAUAGACACUGUUCCUA